UGCUUCUACUUUUUUCAUUGUUGGAGGCAGGGUCCAAGAACCAAGAAACGAAACUAUGGUUUGAUUUUAAUCAAAAAAUGCCUCUCUGUCUUGUGAAAAACACUGCGCUUCUUCUUCCACUUGGUAUUCAAACAAUUUCAUCCGCCAAAAUGCGAAGAACGCGAAGUUCCCUCAAGCAAGAAACCCCUUUUGAGAAAAGCCCAGGUUCUCAAGGCUCAGGUGGAAGCUCAGUUCCUGAACUUCGUGUUUUCGUCCGGAAAAAGAGAGUUAAAAAGACUCUGGAAGUCAUAGCUGCAGAGGUCAAAGAAGAAUCUUCUGGGAAAAAAUUUGUUAGACUGCCUGAUAUAGAGGAUUUUGCCUAUUCAAAGGACGAUACAUAUUCCAAAUCAAAGCCUGCCAAAACUACGCGUUUGACAGGAGAAAAAGCUCUAUCCCAGUUGACACAAACAGAAAUCAAAGGCGUCAGUCUAUCUGAUCCAGUACGACCACCUUCGAACUGGGAAAAAGUUCUUGAAGGAAUCCGCAAGAUGAGAUCCUCAGAGGAUGCACCUGUAGACUCCAUGGGUUGUGAGAAAGCUGGGAGUUCACUUCCUCCCAAGGAAAGAAGAUUUGCAGUCCUUGUAUCAUCACUCUUGUCAAGCCAGACGAAAGAUCAAGUUAAUCAUGGAGCUAUUCAGCGUCUCCUUCAAAAUGGCUUGCUUGCUGCAGACACCAUUGACACGGCAAAUGAAGAAACAAUCAAGAGUUUGAUAUAUCCAGUGGGGUUUUACACGCGAAAGGCUAACAACCUGAAAAAAGUAGCAAAAAUUUGUCUUUCAAAAUACGACGGGGACAUCCCUAGUACUCUGGAAGAAUUGCUUCUGCUCCCAGGAAUUGGUCCCAAGAUGGCUCAUCUAGUUAUGAAUGUUGCAUGGGACAACGUUCAAGGGAUAUGUGUAGAUACUCAUGUGCAUCGUAUUUCUAAUCGGCUUGGAUGGGUAUCACGUCCCGGAACAAAGCAGAAAACUAGAACCCCUGAGGAGACUAGGGAAUCCUUGCAGCUUUGGCUUCCGAAGGAAGAAUGGGUACCAAUCAAUCCUCUCUUGGUAGGUUUUGGGCAGACCAUAUGUACUCCUUUGAGACCCCAUUGUGCACUCUGUUCGGUAAGUGAUCUGUGCCCCUCCGCAUUCAAAGAGGCAUCAAGCCCAUCUUCCACUCCCAAAAACUGACACUUGAUGGAACUUCAACAAGUUUGGUGGUGAGGGCACAGUUUUUUGAGUCAUUUUCCCAUAACGUUGUCAUGAUUAACUUGAGCUAUAGAAGAUUUUGUGCUCGUAGCUCAUAUUUUUUGUCGGCUUUGUAAACAUCCAUGCUUUUUCUUUCUCUUUGAUGGGCUAGAAAGAAAAAGUCAUUGGUUUUGUUCGUUGGGAGAAUGUGGAUAAGUUGAAAAACUGGUAAGGUACAUAUUGUGACUUUUAGACCCAUUUUGUACAGUUCAUCACUAUCCUACACUCCAUAGUCCAUGGGGAGUGUAAGAACAUUGAUAUCAAGGGAAAGUUCUUACAAGGUAUC